AUGGCUAAAUACCUUCUAUCAGCCAAAUCUAUUGGCUCGAACAGUGCUGAAGAAAAGAUGAAAACAAUGACAACUUACUUUAAAUCGCAGGAGAAUAGGAAUAAGUUCUCUCGUUUUAAUGCUGCUAUAAAAGAAGCUAUUGAAAAGUACCAACCUAAUGUUGUGUGGGUGGAUGGUGGCCUGAGACCGGCUGUUCGCGCUUCAGGCAUUCCAUGGAUUCAAGCUUUCAGUGGAAAUCCAGCUUUUCUCCACAUUGAUCCUGAUUUACCACCAGGUGGAUUUGGUUUGCCAACAUUUGGUGGUCGAGAUGCCUGGGAUGAGUGCAACAAAAUUAGGCGUGAAAUAAUCUACUCUUCAGACUACCAAGAAAUGGUGCAAAAGCUUGGAUAUGAGCGGUACCCAGGGGAUGCUAUCAGUCCAAUUGCUGAAGCAUCACUGGUCGUUUAUGGGUUCCCUGAAGAAUUAAACUAUGCAUCUAUACCUAAAUGGUUCAACUUGGAGAUUUUUAAUCGCCCUAAUCCCAACCAAAAGCUGCUAUCUCCUUUGUUGACGAUGCUCGUUCCAGAAGAGUUUAUGGAACGAUGCAAGUCAAGUGGAGGAAAACUGAUUUACGUUAGUUUAGGUACUAUGGCAUCAGCUGAUUUGCAGUUUAUGAAUCGACUUAUUUCACUACUUGGCAAAACGGAGCACAAGUACAUUGUCUCAAAGGGGCCUCGGCAUGACGAGCUUAAACUGCCUGGAAACAUGUACGGGGAUCGGUACUUGCCGCAACAAAAAAUUCUCCCUCAUGUAGAGCUUGUCAUUUGUCACGGAGGCUGCAAUACCGUAACUGAAAGUCUUGCUGAAGGGAAACCACUCAUUGUGUUACCGAACUUUGGCGAUCAAUUUGAUAAUGCUCAAAGAAUUGAAGAAGUGAAACUAGGUAUCAGACUGAAUUAUGAUUUUUUAGAUAAUGAAUUGAUUGAUGCAAUUGAAAAGUUGCUCUAUGAUAAAGAGCUGCACAGUAGACUUGAAGCAAUUUCAAAUCGCCUAAAGGCUAGUGACAAGCACAGUAUCCUUGCUGAUAAAAUUGAGACGAUGUUUAGAAAACAAAAAUAA